AUGUCCGCUCUCUCUACUAGCACCAACAGUUUUGUCCAAUCCACACAAACUAGCAUUCAGAAUCUCACGGCAUCAGUGGGGAAUUUGGAGACUCAAGUUGGACAGCUUGCUACCAUGUUCAAUGAAAGAGAGAAAGGAAAGUUUCCAAGCCAAUCUGAGCAAAAUCCAAGAGGGAUGGAGCAUUGCAAAGUAAUACGGACAUUGAAAAGUGGCAAGAGCUAUGACAACAGAGAAGUGGAGCACCAUGAAGCCGAAGUGGAAGAAGAAGAGCUUACUGAAAGUGCACCAUUAGCUGCAAAGUCUCGGUCAGAGGCUAUUUCUGAAGCAAGUAUUCCAGAUCCUAGUGCAAGUGACAAUGUGCAAUCUCGAUGCAACUCUGAUUCAAACAAGGAAAGAGGCCUUGGUAGUUUAUUUGCACCUUCUGACAAGCCACCAUACAAGCCACCUUUGCCAUUUCCACAAAGACAGCAACAACGUUCUAAGGAUCAACAAUGCAUUGAAUUCAUGAAGACGUUGGCUAAGGUUCAAAUUAAUUUGCCUCUAUUAGAUGCUAUUAAACAGAUCCCAUCAUAUGCCAAAUUUCUGAAGGAGCUAUGUUCUAAAAAGAAAAAGUUCUUGGAAUACGAGAAGGUGAUUUUAUCUGAGCAAUGCAGUGCUGUCCUCUUACAUAAGCUACCACCCAAGAAGAAAGAUCUGGGGAGUUUCACUAUCUCUUGUACUAUUGGUAGUCUUGAUUUUCAUAAAGUAUUGAUUGAUUUAGGAGCAAGUGUUAACCUUAUGCCUUAUUCUGUUUUUCAAAAAUUAGGUGAAGGAGAACUCAAGCCCACAUCUGUGAGUCUUCAAUUGGCAGAUAGGUCCGUGACCUAUCCUUUGGGUAUUCUGGAAGAUGUGAUUAUUAAAGUGGACAAAUUCUAUCUCCCAGCUGAUUUCAUUGUACUUGACAUGGAGGAAGACAAGGAAGUGCCUCUCAUUUUAGGCCGACCAUUCAUGGCCACCGCCCGGACACUUAUUGAUGUGGAAGCAGGUACUUUAACCUUAAGAGUGCAAGGAGAGUCAGUUGUAUUCAAACUUUUUGAAGCUGUCAAGCGUCCUUUCGAACCUGAAGAGUGUUUUCGUGUUGAUGUUUUGGAUGGGAUUGUGCAUGCAAACUUUGCCUCACGAUCAUCUAAUGAUGAGUUGUUAACUUGCCUCACCAACCAUGAUGCUACUUUAUCUAUGGAAGAAAAUGUGGUGGACGUCAUCGUUGCAUUGGAUAGUGCACCAAUUCAUAAUCCAAAGUGGCGACAUGUUUAUGAAAGCCUUGGAGAACCUAAGCAGCCCCUUCUUCCUUCAAGUGAGCAAGCUCCGAAGUUAGAGCUCAAGCUACUGCCGAGCCACCUCAAGUAUGCUCAUCUCGGGGUGAAUGAGACCUUACCUGUUAUUAUUGCUGCUAAUCUUAAUGACACGGAGGAAGACAAAUUACUAAGAGUUCUUCGCAAGUAUCAAGAUGCUCUGGGGUGGACACUUGCUGAAAAGGCAUUAGUCCAGCUUUGUGCAUGCAUAGGAUUUUUAUGGAGGCUGGGACUAAACCAACUGUUGAAGCUCAAAGACGUCUAA